AUGGCAAGUACAACAAUGGAAAAAACGAAAAAAGUUCUGGAAAAAAUCAUUGAGAAGCCGAAAAUCACAAUUGCUCUUUUGGAAAGACCCCCAUUCAAAUUUAUUGUCGAUAUUGUGAGCAAUGUUAUCGAAGCGACUGGGUAUUUGAAGAACGACUUCUCAAAAGAAGAAAUUCAAUCAGCCGGAAAGGACAAAGAUUCGAAAUCGGCAUUUUUGGAGAAAUUGAUAAAAAUUCUGGACGACGGAAGUUUGAAAAAUGUGAAAGCGUCGAAAAUCAUGUCUGGAAUGGAGCCAGUAGAGACUAAUAAGGAAAACAAAGAAAACGAAAAGGACGAAAAAAAGAAGAAAUCGUCCUCCAAGGAUCGUCACAAGUCAUCAGAGAAGAAGGAGAAAAAGGAGAAGAAGUCUGAUGAUUCGAAACCCAAAAAGUCAAAAUUAGAGAAAUCGGAAAAAGAGAAAACCGAGAAAUCUGAAAAGGUUCUGGUCCGUCAAGAUUCAAUGAUCACUUCCAACGGAGACGUGAAUAAUCAUGAAGAGUUGCCAGACGACGGUUACGAUGAUAAAGAGGACACUUUAAGCAUUCCAGUUAACGAAAAAAGCGACGAGCCGGUGGUUGCGGUUGAAGAGGAAACACCUCCUGUACUUGUCAAGUACACUGAUAUGGCUAUACGACCAACUACCGGAGCUGCUGGCGGACGGCCCAUGACGUCAAUGGGUCGACCGGGGACGGCCGCCUCGCGGCCAGCCCCGCCAAAAUUGAAAAAGAAACAGAUUGCGACGAUGGAUGCGACACCGCAGCAGCAAAUCGAGUUGAAAUCGGAAAUUAUCACCGACUCGGGGCCGAUUCUCGAGAAUGCUGAAGACGCAUUUAUAAUGGAAAAUGAGGAAGAUGAUUUGGAAAAAACGCCAAGAAUCGCGGCAGAUGUAAUAAACAAAGAGGAUCGAGGAGCAUUGGUUCAGAAGAUAAUGGAAACGAAGGCUGGAAUUGAGGAUAGUAGGAAUACGGUAGAUCAAAUGGAUGAGGAUUCGGAUAAGGGGAUUACUGUAGAGAGGGAGAAAGUAAGACAACUACAGGAGAAACUGCAGGAUUUGACACGACUAUAUAACAUAAUUUCAAAUUUGCAACGAGAAAUUGUGGAAAUGAAGGAAGAGCUGAGCAAGGCGAGAGGUCGAGUGCUCAAUAAUGGAAAGAAAAUUGGCAUUUUCAUUUCGAAUGUUUGA